AAACCCUUAUUCCAUUAAAAAGCUUUAUUAUUUCAUAUCAAAUUCCUGCAAAUUCUACCUUGUCACACAGUCUUUGUAAGGAAACAGGCGGCUCAGCUGUCGAAAGUGGUGGCGUUAAGGCGGUAAGAUGGCAAUGGCAAUGGCUGCAUCGUCGUCUACAGAAAACAAAAACGCAGUUGCGGUUAGUGAGAAUUCUAUGAAGGGUUACUCAUACCCACCGCCCGUUGCUCAAUAUGAAGAUGUUAUUGCUAGUCCCAAUUUAUUUAUGGAUGUUCUUGGGAAAUUUCAUGCUGCAAUGGGGACCAAAUUCAAGUAAUGUUUUAUUGUUAAAGUUCAUGCUUAUGUGAAUUUGGUUGUGAGUUUCAUGAGGUUUAUGCAUGGUUGUAAAACAAGGUUUCCAAGCCCGAGUACUCCCCGAGUAGUCGCUACAAGGUUGGCUACCGAGGCGACUUUCUUCGACUCCGCCUAAUUACUCGGAGUUAGUCAAAUGCGGUCAAACUCGGCAAGAAUUGGAUCUAGAUUCCUGUCAUCGGUGGCAUGAAUUUAGAUCUGCAUCGCCUGUUUAUGGAAGUUACCUCUCGUGGAGGCAUUAAAAGGGUUCUUGAAGAGAAGAAAUGGAGGGAGGUGUCCAACUGUUUCAGCUUUCCACCUUCCGCUACAAACGCGUCUUUUAUCUUGCGAAAGUAUUACAUGUCACUUAUUCAUCACUUUGAACAAGUUUAUUAUUUUAAAGCUAAAGCAUGGACUCCUGUUCCUACUGAUUCUUGGCAGAGUACAAAAACCACACUCACUUCAACAUCUGGAAUGAACGAACUCCUGCUUCCGUCAACGGAAUUUCAAGACACGUCGGUGAAGAGGCAGAAGAUGAUUAUGGAAGAACAGUCGUUGCCUAAAGGCUCUCCGGAAUCAUCAAUUGGUUUACCAGUGACAGGCGUACUCGAUGGAAAAUUUGAAAGCGGGUAUCUUUGUACCGUUAGAAUCGGUGGAGAGCAGUUACAAGGCGUACUAUAUCAAACCAUGCAGACUCCAUUGUACGAAACACCAGUAAACACGGAUGCAACUCAAGGUUUAACCACGGUUAGGUGUAGGCGUAGACGUAGGAAGAAGUGUGAAAUGAGAAAGAGGGAUCCGGCUCAACCAAAACCCAACCGAAGCGGGUAUAAUUUCUUUUUUUCGGAGCAUCAUGCGAGGCUCAGAUUACUUCACACCGGUAAAGAUAAAGCCAUCAGCAGGAUGAUUGGUGAAGAGUGGAACAAGUUAACCGAGUCUGAAAAGGCGGUAUACCAAGAAAAGGCGGUGAAAGAUAAGGAAAGAUACAGAAGUGAAAUGGAGAAUUAUAAAGAGAGUAAAGCGCAAGUUUUAACGAAUUCAACGUCUUUACAACAACAGUACUUUACGAUGAGCACAAAUAUGGAAAACAAUAAUGGAAACUCUCAAAACGUUCAUGAAAACGCGCCGAAUUCCGAGUACUAUGAUGAUAACGAUGAUGAUGACCAUAGCAGCUUUGAAGGUGAAGAGGAAACUACAGGUAAGGAACUAAAUCUUGAAACCGAAGCUGAAAAUGUCGAAAUGGACCAUGUGGAGUUUCUUGAUGAAUCUGGUCAACAAAAGUCAAUGUCUGUUCAAGGGAUGAAUCAUUAGUCAUCGACAUGUAUCACGAAAACGAAUCAAAGCAAGAUGACAAGAGGCUGACGACGAAGUGGUGAUUCUUGAUGUAAAUGAUGAAAACAAGACAAAAUCAGCAGACAAAAAUGAGCAAGAUUUGGAAAUUUUUGAUAAAAGUUUAAUAUGGGCCAUUGGCUGUUUGGAGAAUCCGAGGUAAAAGAUCAUUUCUUGAUCAAGGUUGAGUUUUUUUGUCACAUAGAAAUAGUAGCUCAAGAUUUCUGUCACAUGUAGUUUUCUUCAAAAAUGUUAGCUUAUAAAUUUUUAUAUGCUUUAUGUUUCUUGGUACUCAAACAGUCAAACUUGAACAAAAUCAGUGCUAUAAAUUUAGUUUGACCAA